GCUUGCACUUUAAUCCUCAUGUACAUACUCUGCACAGAUUGCUGGGCGAUUGCUGCUCUAUAUUUAGCCUGGCUGGUAUUUGACUGGAAUACACCAAAGAAAGGAGGUAGAAGAUCCCAGUGGGUCAGAAACUGGGCUAUAUGGAGAUAUUUCAGAGACUAUUUUCCGAUAAGGCUGGUCAAAACCCACAACCUGCUGACCACCAGGAAUUACAUUUUUGGGUACCACCCCCAUGGCAUCAUGGGCCUGGGUGCCUUUUGCAACUUCAGCACAGAGGCCACAGGAGUCGGCCAGAAAUUCCCUGGGAUCCGACCAUACCUUGCAACACUGGCUGGGAACUUCAGGAUGCCCAUCCUGAGGGACUAUUUAAUGUCUGGUGGUAUAUGUCCUGUGAACCGCGACAGCAUAGACUACAUCUUGUCCAAGAAUGGCAGUGGCAAUGCCAUCAUCAUUGUGGUGGGAGGUGCAGCAGAGUCCCUGGAUUGCACCCCAGGGAAGAACUCCGUGACACUGAAAAACCGGAAAGGAUUUGUGAAACUGGCUCUACAGCAUGGUGCGGAUUUGGUUCCUGUCUACUCAUUUGGGGAGAAUGAAGUGUACAAGCAGGUGAUCUUCGAGGAGGGCUCCUGGGGAAGAUGGGUUCAGAAGAAGUUUCAGAAACACAUUGGCUUUGCUCCGUGCAUCUUUCAUGGCCGGGGCCUCUUCUCUUCCAACACAUGGGGAUUGCUACCCUACUCCAAGCCCAUCACCACUGUUGUUGGGGAGCCCAUCACCAUUCCCAAGAUUUAUAAUCCAUCCCAGAAGGAGAUAGACUUCUACCACAGCAUGUAUGUGAACUCCUUGAUCAAACUCUUCGACAAGUACAAGAGUAAAUUUGGCCUGCCAGAGACUGAGGUCUUGGAAGUCAACUGAAGGGACUGGCUCAGCAGCAUCUCCUCGUGGAAUCAGCACAUCCUCUGCAGGAGUCCAAGCUGUCAUCGUACAUUUGAAUGUGUGUGUGGGUGUAUGUGUCCUUCAAAGGAAGUGUUAAAGCAUUGUUACACCUCUUGAAAAAAAAA